AUGAUGUUUCAAAACAUGGCAAAUGUUGAAGUGUUACCUAACAUAAGAAGAAAAAUUGAAAAAACAAGCACAUACACAAACUUCUGGCUUGUCAGGAUAUCUGAUGAGCAUAUAUUUGAGGUUAGGCACCUUGAAAACCAAGCAGACAAGUUUUCAGUAAACUUGAAGGAGCAUAUUUUUUCAUGCAGAAGAUGGGAGCUGAAAGGCCUACCUUGUGUUCAUGCACUGGUAGCUAUGAAGAGUAGGAACCACAAGAUUGAUGACUACAUUCCAGAUUAUUAUAGAAAAUCAAGAUAUAUGGAAGUGUAUAAACAUGUGAUUUUUCAUGUUAAUGGCUCAAAUAUGUGGGUAAGAAUAGAGUAUCCUGAUGUGCAACCUCCUAAAUAUAGGAAGAUGCCUGGAAGGCCAAAAAAGAGAAAGAAACUAGAGCAUGGUGAGAUUGAUAGUUCAGAUAGAAAAAUGAGAAGGAUUGGUUUCAUUGUCAAGUAUAGUAGAUGUAAGAAACCAGGUCACAAUAAGCUUGCUUGCAAGGUGACAUCAUUUAGUCAACAUGGAGCCACUCAAGCAUCCCAGCAAGAUGCCCAAGGAGUCACUAGAGCAUCUCAAUAA